CUCCUCCUUCCUCCCUCCCUUCGGCCGCCCUAGCUUCGCCAUCCACAUUCUUCUUGCUUCUUGCUCCUCUCUCUCUCUCUCUCUCUCUCUCUCUCUCUAGCUUCCUGCUGCAUCUUCCUCAGCCAUCUCUUUCAUCCUCCCAGUCGUCCCAGGCUGCUUAAUUACAUAUAUCUAGAUAUAUAUAUUAUUCUUGUUAAUUUCGAUCCAUCAGUGUGCAAUAUAUAUAUAUAGUUUUACCUCUAAUAUUUAGCUUCUUAAUUUCUCCUCAUUUUUCUGCCUGUGCUACUGCAUACAUGCGUUAAUUCAUGGUCGCCAUGGAUCGCAUGGAGAUCCGUUUCUUUACUACUCCACUUGUUUUCUCUAGCUACUAGUUUUCUCUUCUUCUUUUCAUCAAACAAUCAAUCAAUCAUAUCCCGUUCUAUCUUCACACAUCAACCCCGUUCCCUGUUCUCCGUUCUCUCUCAGCUGCAGCUAGCUACCUCUCCUCCUCUCUUCCGAUCUCUCAUCAGGAUCGGAUCGAGGAGGGAGGAGGGAGACCAACGAUCGAUCGAGCCAUCCAGGAUUUACUAGUCAAUCAACAACUUUAUAUAUCAUGCAGCUGAUGCAUCCACACAUCUAGAUAACGAGCUAGAUAGCUAGCUAGGGAUCGAGAAGGAGAGAGAAUAUAUACAUACUGCAUAUAUAUAUGCACAUUGAUCGAGCAACUAAUCCAGACAGGGAUCGACAAGAGAACAAAAGUUCAUUCAUGUCUCCUAGCUAGCUACUCUUAUCUGCUACCUAUCGAGAUUCAUCUUUGGAUUUCUACAAGGAUUUUGAUCACAUCAUACACUGAUUUUAACCCAACCAACCACGACUGAUCAAACCAAGGCAAGCAGAGGCAGGCUCUCAAAUAUAUAGAUAGAUAGCGAUCGAUCGAUCGAAAUGGAUGGAUCUAGUAUGAGCAGCAGCAGCACGCAGCAGCAGGCGCAGGUUCCUCCUGGAUUUCGUUUCCACCCGACGGACGAAGAGCUGGUGGAUUACUACCUUCGGAAGAAGGUGGCCGCAAGAAGGAUUGAUCUCAAUGUCAUCAAGGACGUCGAUCUCUACAAGAUUGAGCCAUGGGAUCUGCAAGAGCGUUGCCGGAUCAAUGGCGGGUCGGCGGCGGAGGAGCAGAACGAAUGGUACUUCUUCAGCCACAAGGACAAGAAGUACCCGACGGGGACGAGGACCAACCGUGCGACGGCGGCCGGGUUCUGGAAGGCGACGGGGCGAGACAAGCCCAUCUACGCCACCAAGCAGCACAGCCUCCUCGUGGGCAUGAGGAAGACGCUCGUCUACUACCGCGGCCGCGCCCCCAACGGCCACAAGUCCGACUGGAUCAUGCACGAGUACCGCCUCGAGACCACCGAGACGGCCCCGCCGCAGGAAGAAGGGUGGGUGGUAUGCCGGGUGUUCAAGAAGAGAUUACCCACAACAAGAAGAGAUUCAGACCAUGACGCACCUUGCGGCAGCUGGUACGUUGAUGAAGAUGCACCGGGCGCCUUCAUGUCUCCGAUGAUGAUCACCAGAUCAUCAAUAUUGCGCCCACACCAACACCACGCCGGCAUCACGCUGCAAGAGCAACACCUCCACACCACUUACAAGCACAGAGACCUCACUACUAAGAUUCAGCAGCUCCAAGUCCCUGCGGCAGGCCAUCAUCUCCUCAACACCAUGCCCCAUGACCUGGAGAGUUCUACUUCCUCCUUCCAUUCUCUUUUGGUCUCACCUGAUCACCACCAAAUCAACAUGCACCAUGCUCAGGCUGAUCCCUUCUUUGACGACAUGCAUGCAGUCGAUCAAGCCACUACCACUGACUGGAGAGUUCUUGACAAGUUUGUUGCCUCUCAGCUUAGCAAUGAUGCUACAAACAAGCCUGCGGAUCAUUAUACUGAUGAAGGAGACAUUCUUCAGGUCAGUGACAAGCAGCAAGAGGUGGCAGCCGCCGAUUAUGCGUCCACAUCAACGUCAAGCAGCCAAAUUGAUCCAUGGAAGUGAUCGAUCCAUGCAUGAUCGAUGCCCUGCACGCAUUUAAUCAAGAUAUAUUAUAUCUUAUAGAUAAAAUUAUCUCAAUAAUGAUUAUGAUCGUAUCGUAUCAAUUGGACAGAUCGAUACAAGUGGUUUGAGCUACAUAUUAAUGCCGUGUAAAUAAGACUACUCUAGCUAGUACAACGUGUGGUGUUUGUGUGCUGCUUAUAUAUAUAUUGACCUUCGUACGUGUGUUUCUAUAUGAAAUAAGGUCAUGGAGGACAAAUUAAAAGCUUCAUGAAUAUAAUCGUGGUUUGUAAUAGAUAAACCUCUUCUGCUAUGUGAUUGUAAACUUCUGGUGUUUCAACAUAUGUAACAAGUACGCCAAUAUGCACAAACAUUAUAUAGAUACUCUCGUUAAUUAUACAUUAUGGAUUUUAUUUAUAUAUUUCUACACGAUGUGCUUUUGGCACAAUAUAUAUUUUGCUUCAAGCAGUGCGGAGUCAAAGAAGAUUAGAUAGCAUGAAAUUCUUAAAUUAUCGUACGUGGUUUGGAAUUACAUAAGGAGAGACUAACAUAGUAAUAUGUAAUAAACAAGAAGAUAAAAAAACAAGCAUCUCACCCGUACGUACCAGUAUUGAAUAUCACGUCAUUUGCAUUGCGCACUACCAAAAAUGUCAAUUUUCUAAUGCACGAGACCAGUACAUAUAUCGACCUAGCAAAUUUUCAGCACACUUCACCAUGCAUGCACAUAUUCUACAAACAUGUUCCUUAAACCCUUGUACAUUUCUUACAUUUUUUUUCCAAAUUAAAAUGUCGGAGAAAAUAGAGAAGUGUGUAGCUACAGUUAUUAAUUAAAACAUGCAUAGUCCAAGGGAUGAACCUGAUGUCUUUCUAUUUAUGCAUGCAUGUGUUCAUUUCGUAACAAUCAGUUCAAGAAAUGCUAAUUCACGGCAAGUACUAAGGAUUCCUAUUUACUGCUAUUAUGAUUUUAAUGCAACAGAAAACAAGCUGUUGCAACAAUUACCUGUUAUUGCUAUGGUAGCGACUCUCAUAACAAUAGGCAGUUUUAUUACCUAGAUUUUAAUUAUUAUGUAUAGACCAAUGAUCUCAAGCAACUAGACCAGCUGCUAGCAAAUGUAUGAUGCCAAAAACAUGCAGAUAAGGCUGAAACACAACAGGGCAUCAUAGAUUCAUUUAGUUAUAGAGUGGUACAUGCCCAUCACAAGUUUGUCUAGAAGACGAUCGACUUAGUUCAAAACUGCGAAUACAGUCAAUUAGAAGAUAUAUAUUGAAGAAAGGACGCAUGCAUAUGCAUGGAAGAACUCCUGAAGAUCAUAAAUAGAGCAGUUCAAUUAAAUCAUAUUGAAUGCUAAAGAGAAGAAAAACUGAACAGGCCAUAUACAAAUACUCGUUGCAUGUGGAUCAGUAGAAGAAAUUUAACAAAGUAUAUGUAUGGUUAAUAGAACUUCAGUAGAAGAUUAAUUGUCCAUGAUCACUCGUAUGCAUACAGCUUAACAGAGUGCUAAGAAGUUUGAAAAAUCAUCUGUGUAACUAGCUAGCCAUAUCACUCUGGUACUUCCUGGAGAGCAUAGAUGUAGUUCUUUCAGGAGUCAUAAACCAUUUACACAGGGAACUAAUGAAUCUAAGAGCAAAAUAUCAUCCAAGUUGUCUGUUUAUAUGUUUUUGAACUGUCAGACAAAUAAGUUUGCGUCUCCAAAACACAGAGAACGAAAUGACAACUAUGUAAGCCUACGGAAAUUAGGAUAAUGACGCAAAAACAAAGGCGGAACAGUAAUGG